UUUGUCGUCCCGACAACAACGACAUACAGCUUGGUCGUAUUGUGUGCAAUCACGAGAAACUUCGCUAGCUAGCUAGCUAUUAGAUACAUAGCCUACUACAACAAUCUACCAAAUGUGCUAAUGGUAGGGUUAUGCUAAAUUGGCUCGUGCUUAAAACUUAUUGACAGAGAGAGCGUGCGGAAGAAAAGUUACCUUUUGAAGAAGAGUAGCCGAAAAGUGCAUGUCCAGCAGAGGCGUGGGGUCUCCUAGAUUCUAUGCUUUUUGUAUUUGCUUAGCCAUCUCAGAAAUGUCUGGUCGACGCAAGAAGUGUAACUGUUGGAAAAAUCUUAUCUCAUUGCAUUGAGUGCUGUGUAGCGACCUGGGACAUCUACCAAGAGGUGGUGCACGAAUAAUAUAAUCAUGGCAGACUUUAGGAUUUACAACGUUGUCAUUCUGGGACUAGGAUUUCUGUUCAUUUUCACUGCCUUCACCACGUGUGGAAACAUUGAACAAACCAUAGUUAAAAGCCUGGACAAUGACACCUUCACUGGAAGUGGUUAUCACAGCCUUGGAAUCAUCUAUGGAAUGUUUUCCUUUUCAAAUUUGUUAGCUCCAACUGUUGUUGCAAUAAUUGGACCACAGUUUACAAUGUUUUUCAGUGGAAUUCUUUACAGUGGUUACGUAGCUGUAUUCAUCACCCCAUCAACAUGGUCCUUUUACUUCACCUCAGUACUAAUCGGUAUAGGAGCAGCCAUGCUUUGGACAGCUCAAGGACACUUCCUUGUGGAGAACUCUGAUGCUUCCACCAUCAAUAGGAACACAGGGAUGUUUUGGGCCCUUUUACAGUGCAGCAUGUUAUUUGGCAAUCUUUACAUUUAUUUCGAUUGGAAUGGAAGUACAGAAAUCUCAGAUAGGAGCAGAAAGACUAUCUUUAUAGGUCUGCUGGUCACCUCAGUGCUGGGAACACUCAGCUUCCUGGCUCUGAGAAAGACUCUUCCACCAGAGGAGGAGAUGCUCAACGAUGAGGAGGGCCAGCCUUUGCUCUCAACUCACAUGAUGUAUAAGCAAAGAGCCAACUUUGCAGUACAAGAUGCAAAGUCAGAAUUCAAGACAAUCCUGCAACUGCUCAAAACCAAAACCAUAUUGCUCCUGAGCUGUUGCAUGGCAUACAGUGGUCUGGAGCUGUCUUUCUAUAGUGGUGUGUAUGGGACAUGUAUCGGGGCAACAACAGAGUUUGGAGCGGCAGCUAAAGGCUUGAUUGGGAUCUCUGGAAUCGUGGUGGGGAUUGGAGAGAUAGUUGGUGGAGGCAUCUUUGGACUUGUAUGUAAGAACAACCGCUUCAGACGGACAUCUGUGGUCUUCCUGGGGAUGGUCGUCCAUUUUAUCGCCUUCUACUUGAUCUACCUCAACAUCCCAGAUGAUGCCCCUGUGGUUUUAAAAACUAGCACACUGAACAAGCCAUAUCUGACACCAAGUAUCUCCAUCGCACUGCUGUGUAGUUUCCUGCUUGGACUCGGUGACAGCUGUUUCAACACUCAACUGUACAGCAUCUUGGGGCGUGUUUAUGCUGAGCAAAGCACGCCUGCUUUUGCCAUCUUCAAAUUCAUCCAGUCCAUUUUUGCAGCAGUGGCCUUUUUCUACAGUGGCUACCUGCUGUUGACAUGGCAACUGCUCCUUAUGGCCAUCCUGGGCUUCAUUGGAACACUCUGCUUCUUCAUGGUGGAAAGAAUACAGAACUUCUCUGUAGACCUACAACAAGAAUAUUAGGACCCGUCAUUUCAACACUGGCAGUCAUGUGUGUCAGACUUAUAUUUCUAGGUUUUUUAACAGGAAAGAUACUUUGCACCUUCACUGUCUUAGCUUUAACUUAUCUUGCACAACACACUAAUAAUAUUAUGAGUAAAUGUAAUUUUUUAACUACAGAGAGGUUCCUAUAGGAUUGUGUAUGUGUAAUAUAAGUUGUAACCACUCACCUGAUGUAUUAGCUGUCUUUAUGCAUUGCUCUCAGGGUUGUUAUUUAAUUGUCAUUGUUGCAUAUUCUGUUGUAGUGUGAUUAUACGUCAUACAUUUCGUAUCUUGAUGGAAUUGUUUUUAGAUGUUUAUUAGAAUGUAAGAUCCAUACGAAACACAAGACAUGUAAAUAUUGAGGCUUAUUGAAUGAUUUUACAGUUUGAGAAAAUAUGUAAUUCUCAACAUCCACCAUGCCAAAGCUUGCAAGUGCUAUCCAGUGAUGUUUAGGAAAUAAUUUAGCCUUGUAAUAAUACAAUUACUGUACAACUUAUUUUCAGUGAGCAUAGCAUGUAGUAGUAGUAGUAGUAGUAGUAGUAGAGUAGUUAACAAAUACAUCCAUAUGCAUGAACAUUUAUGGCAUCCUUUUACUUACAUUUUACAUAUCAAUGUGUUUUCAGUCUAAGUGCCUGUUAAUGUAUCUGUUAUAAAUAAAGCGAAUGUCUACUAUUGUAAA